CACAGUUAGAUGGACUCAGUACCUACAGGUGUUAGUUGCCUAGUUACAUGUUGUUAUACAUUAUUAAAUAGCAUUCAGUGAUUGAUGAUACAAUAAAUCUGUGGAUACCGUCUAAGUUCCAGGAAAGUACACAACUAAAGGGAAAUGGACUUUAAAUUACAUUAAGGAUCGGAAAAGAGUAUACUACAGUUCUGCUGCAAUGGCCACUACCACCCAGGCCUUGCUCACCUCGCCACCUUAUGUUCCACCUCACUUUACCAGUGACAGUGACGAUGACAUAAGUUCACCUCAAUCAACGCCUCUUCAUAUAGGCAACACGAACAAUAACAACAACAAUGAAGAAAAAAAGGAGAAGGAGAAGAAGGAUGAGGAAGAAAAAGAAAAAGAAAAAGAAAAGGAGAAAGAAAAAGAAAAAGAAAAAGAAAAGGAGAAAGAAAAAGAAAAACAAAAAGAGAAAGACAAGAGCAAGGACAAAGAUAAGCCAGCAGAAAUAUUUGUCAUUAAUCCUGCUGGAAAUUUGUAUUACAACUGGCUGUUUAUCAUUACGCUACCAGUGAUGUAUAAUUGGACCAUGAUCAUAGCCAGGGCUUGCUUUGAGGAGUUGCAGCAUGACUACAUAAUUUACUGGGUUAUUCUGGACUACACCUCAGACCUUAUCUACCUGGCUGAUAUGUUCUUCAGGGCCAGAACAGGUUACCUUGAACAAGGCCUACUAGUGAAAGAUAAGAAGCUGCUUUUGGAUCGAUACAUCAGCAGCUUUCAGUUUCGUCUCGAUGUUCUCUCCAUGCUGCCCACUGACAUCUUCUACUUCGUCCUUGGCAUCGACUACCCAGAGAUCCGCAUAAACAAGCUUCUGAGGAUUGGGCGCAUGAUGGAGUUCUUUACCAAAACAGAGACUAAAACCAACUACCCCAACAUCUUCCGUAUUGCAAACCUUAUCAUGUACAUCCUUAUUAUCAUCCACUGGAAUGCCUGCUGGUAUUUCUCUUUUUCCAAAUCUAUUGGAUUUGGUGCUGAUGACUGGGUUUACCCUGCUCUGGAUGAUCCUGAGGAGCCUGAGUUUGGACAGCCCAUGAGGAAGUAUGCUUUCAGCCUGUACUGGUCCACACUGACUCUGACAACUAUUGGAGAAACCCCACCACCAGCUUUGGACUCAGAAUUUCUCUUCCAUGUUGUGGACUUUUUAGUUGGAGUCCUAAUCUUUGCCACCAUUGUGGGAAACAUUGCCACCAUGAUCUCCAACAUGAAUGCAGCCCAAGCCCAGUUCCAGUCCCGCAUUGACAACAUUAAGCAGUACAUGCAGGUUCGAAAGGUUAGUAAGGACCUAGAGUUGCGAGUCAUCAAGUGGUUUGACUAUCUGUGGAAUAAUGGCAAGGCACAGGAUGAAAGAGAAGUGCUGAGAUAUCUCCCAGACAAGCUAAAAGCAGAAAUAGCCAUCCAAGUCCACAUGGAGACGCUAAAGAAAGUUCGGAUUUUUGCAGACUGUGAGGCAGGCCUGCUGAUUGAGCUGGUGCUCAAACUCCGGCCACAGGUGUUCAGCCCUGGAGAUUACAUCUGUAAGAAAGGCGACAUUGGUCGUGAGAUGUAUAUUAUCAAAGAUGGAAAACUGGCAGUCGUUGCCGAUGAUGGUGUGACACAAUUUGUUGUACUCGGAAGCGGCAGCUAUUUUGGUGAGAUUAGUAUUCUUAAUAUUAAAGGUAGCAAAGCGGGUAACAGGCGGACCGCCAACAUUCGCAGCAUUGGAUACUCAGAGCUCUUCUGCCUUUCCAAGGAUGACCUGAUGGAAUCAUUGUCAGAGUAUCCAGAUGCCAAAGGCAUGCUUGAGGAUAAGGGUCGGCAGAUCCUGAUGAAAGAUGGUCUUAUAGACUUGGAUCCAGCUAAUAUCAAACCUGAGCAAAAAGAGCUGGAGGAGAAGGUAAACAAAUUGUAUGGUACCAUGGAGCUGAUGCAAGUCAAGCUGAAGAAGAUCUUACGAAAUAACGAAAAUGCAGACAAAACUCUAAAACAUCGUAUUAUAGAUCUUGAGCGCUUAACUGGAGAGGAGGUAGAAGAAGAUGAGGAAGAAGGAGAAGAUAAAAACCAGAUGAGCUAA